CUCGCAGGUGCCCUUGCUGACCUGGGUGACGGGCUUCUCGCCGCGGCUCUCGGCCCGCAGGCUGGCGGCGCGCAGCUGGCAGCCGCUGGGGUAGGUGUUCCCGUCGCUGCCGCACACCGGGUAGCGGCUCUUGCACACGCACACGCCGCUCACCCCCGGGCCGCCGGCUGCUGCCCCGGCUUUACCCUUCCGCCUCUUGCGGCUCUUCACGCACUCCAUGCCCGGCGCGCAGUGCCCUCUGCCGGCGCCGCCGCCCCCGCACGGCUCGCCCUCGCCGCGGGCCCCCCAGUUCUAUGUCAAGUCGAGCCUGCAGAUCAAGAAGAACGCCAUCAUCGACGACUACAAGGUCACCACCCAGGUCCUGGGACUGGGCAUCAACGGGAAAGUUUUGCAGAUCUUCAACAAGAAGACCCAGGAGAAAUUCGCCCUAAAAAUGCUGCAGGACUGCCCCAAAGCGCGGCGCGAGGUGGAGCUGCACUGGCGGGCCUCACAGUGCCCGCACAUCGUGCGCAUCGUGGAUGUCUACGAGAACCUGUACGCCGGCAGGAAGUGCUUGCUGAUCGUCAUGGAGUGUUUGGAUGGUGGAGAGCUCUUCAGCCGAAUCCAGGACCGAGGAGACCAAGCAUUCACAGAAAGAGAAGCGUCAGAAAUCAUGAAGAGCAUAGGCGAGGCUAUCCAGUACUUGCACUCCAUCAACAUUGCUCAUCGGGAUGUCAAGCCCGAGAAUCUCUUAUACACGUCCAAAAGACCCAACGCCAUCUUGAAACUCACCGAUUUUGGCUUUGCCAAGGAAACCACCAGCCACAACUCUUUGACCACUCCUUGCUAUACACCGUACUACGUGGCUCCAGAAGUGCUGGGCCCAGAGAAGUAUGACAAGUCCUGUGACAUGUGGUCCUUGGGUGUCAUCAUGUAUAUUCUGCUGUGUGGAUAUCCCCCCUUCUAUUCCAAUCAUGGCCUUGCCAUCUCUCCGGGCAUGAAGAGUCGCAUCCGAAUGGGCCAGUAUGAAUUCCCCAACCCCGAGUGGUCAGAAGUGUCAGAAGAAGUGAAGAUGCUCAUCCGGAACCUGCUGAAAACAGAGCCCACUCAAAGAAUGACCAUUACAGAGUUCAUGAACCACCCCUGGAUCAUGCAAUCAAUGAAGGUCCCUCAAACCCCGCUGCACACCAGCCGGGUCCUGAAGGAGGACAAAGAGCGGUGGGAGGAUGUCAAGGAGGAGAUGACCAGUGCCUUGGCCACAAUGCGUGUCGAUUACGAGCAGAUCAAGAUAAAAAAGAUCGAAGACGCAUCCAACCCUCUGCUUCUGAAGAGGCGGAAGAAAGCUCGGGCCCUGGAGUCUGCGGCCCUCGCCCACUGAGCCUGGCCCGCUGGAGGACAAGCAAUAACUCAACCUGAAUCUGUCUUCUAUAUGAAGAGACAGAACUGUCUGCUCCUACCUCCCCUCGACUGCAUGGAGCCUGGAACCUCAUCAGAGACUGGAUUCUGUCUGGUUCUGGCUGCCCCAGGGAGGGAGAAGCUGGGAGGCUGGGAGGGCCUGGAGAAGAGGGCGUACUGCUCUCUGGAGUCUCUGCUCAUUUUGCCAUUUUGUCAGUAAUUUGACUUAGAAUUUUUAUGAAACUUACUGUUCUUUUC